AUGGCGGACAAACAACAUCCAUGUUCUAAUUGCGUAAAAUCGACUAAAUAUCGUUGUAUUACAUGUAAAACGUACGUUUGCAAUCGUGCAUCAUGUUCUAUGCCUGUAACAGACGAAGAAAUUGAGGGAUGGAUUCCAAAUGUAAGCGUUGCUUACUGCAACAAUUGCUUUUUAAAUCCACCAUCAAGUCCAACUGAUGUUGCUAUGUCGCCGACAAAGCUAUCGGAUGAAGAUAAUGAUGAGACGGACAAAGAAGUCACCUUUAUUCUUGGCAAAAGGCAUCGCAAAAAGAAAGACUCUGGAUAA